CUCGUAUCGGAGCUCCACCUUACCGUGCGCUCAUCCUCAACAGAUUUUUCACUACUCAUAUCUGAGUGAAGCCGACGGAAGAUACACGCGCGCCACAAUCAUUUCAUAUUCUCGAAUCAUUCUCCCGAUUUUUCUCUCUCUAGUAUUCCCCUUCACUCUCUGUCUCCGCCUUUACCUUUUUCACCGGUUUCGUGUGUUUGGAGGCCAAGGAUGGGGAGCUCACUGAGUUACGAGUUCGGGCUGAGUUUGUGGCGAGCUUCUCGGCUGUUCGAUGUUCAUUCGGUCGGCGGAGGCUGCGGAUUUUGCUCGUAGUUUGACUCUGGUUUUGUAGAUCUGAGCGGUUCGGAUUUUGUCGGUGAUGUUGCAGUUUGAUAAUUUGCUGUUUUUCGCCCCGGGAAGCGGGUUGCUUUUGGAGGCUCGUUGUCGUUGGUGUCUCUUAAAACAGUUGCUUCUUUUCUGUUGUUUAUUAUCCUUCACGGAUGCUAGUGUACGUCACAAAAUGUUGAAAAGAGAAGCUUUAUCACCAGCUACCACGUUUUUUGAUGCCUCUGCGAUGGCAGAACUGCCUCUACCAGACAACAAUCUGCUUUCGUCGCCCAAACACCACCAUAAUCGUUUGAGCCCUCGUGGCGCACCUGCUCAACCUCCUAAUUUUGGCCAUUUUGAGAUUUCUACCCCUCCUUCUAACUCCGGUUUGUCCAGACCUUCGAUGGAGAAGAGUGGAUCAGCGCCUCCGAACAAUCCACCUCAACCUGAACCUAGCACUAUGCCUACUGGUUUAUCUCAGCCUCCAUUAUCUCCUAGCCUUUCUAGUUGUUGUGGACCAGACAUGGUACUCAAACGUGAGAGCCAGGGCUGCCAUUGUGUGUAUCCAAUAAAGCUUGAAAUUCUCCUCUUGAAUGUUUCAGCCCAUCCAAAAUGGAAUCUUUUUCUUGAACAGUUUGCUUCGCAGCUUGGUCUAAGAGUGUCACAGAUUGAGCUCAUUAACUUUUAUAUUGUUGGAAUAUCUGGUCUUAAUAUAUCAAUGGAUAUUACCCCACAUACGGGUUUGAGUUUUUCUUCCAAAGAGGCUGCAGGAAUAAACUCCUCAUUGUCAACGCACAGAAUCCGUCUUGAUCCUGCAAUAGUGAGUGACUAUAAGCUUCUCAACAUAACCUGGUUCAAGCCGCCCUUACUGCCUCAAGCGCCAGAUUCUGACACAGCUCCAUCAGAAGCACCGCCCAACCUUCCAUCAAGUCCUGCUUCAGUUUCCCCUUCAAAGAAAGUUAAACAUCCAAGUUUGAUUCUUGUAAUUGGACUUGGAGCUGCGAUCCUGAUAAUUGCUGUGUUCACUGUGGUUAUGCUUUGCUUCUGUGUAUCUCGUCAAGGGAAGCAUAUUGAAUCUUUCAAAGAAACUGCUAAACAAAGGACUGUUGGAACAGUUCCAGCAGUUGGAUCACUUCACCACCACCCAACCAGCACACGGUUUCUCACCUAUGAAGAACUGAAAGAGGCUACGAAUAACUUUGAGACAACUAAUAUUCUUGGUGAGGGAGGCUUUGGGAGAGUAUUUAAGGGUGUACUAAGUGAUGGAACUGCCGUUGCCAUAAAGAGACUAAGCAGUGGUGGACAGCAAGGGGAUAAAGAGUUCUUGGUUGAGGUUGAGAUGCUCAGUAGGCUGCAUCACCGUAACUUGGUGAAACUUGUCGGAUACUACAGCAACCGUGACUCCUCACAGAAUCUACUUUGUUACGAGCUUGUUCCAAAUGGCAGUUUGGAGGCUUGGCUUCAUGGACCAUUGGGACUAAACUGCCCUCUUGAUUGGGACACAAGAAUGAAAAUUGCUCUUGAUGCUGCCCGAGGACUUGCUUACUUGCAUGAGGACUCUCAACCUUGCGUCAUUCACAGAGAUUUUAAGGCGUCAAAUAUAUUGCUAGAGAACAACUUUCUUGCUAAAGUUUCAGAUUUUGGCCUUGCGAAACAGGCCCCUGAAGGCAGGGCAAACUACCUCUCAACCCGUGUUAUGGGAACUUUUGGGUAUGUCGCCCCUGAAUAUGCUAUGACCGGGCACCUACUGGUGAAGAGUGAUGUUUACAGUUAUGGUGUGGUUCUUCUUGAGUUGUUGACUGGAAGAAAACCUGUAGAUAUGUCACAGCCUUCCGGCCAGGAGAACCUUGUCACCUGGGUUAGUUUCUCACUCCAUGUAUCUUCCCCAUUUCAACAACAUGCUUCACGUAGACACCGUUAUUUUGCAGGAGGUUCAACCCUUGAUCGAUAGAUAGUAAUCAGUUUUAUGUUG